AUGGUUUGCAAAGUGCAUGAGCUGAAAUGCACCAGAAAAGUUCCUGUACAUAUUCCACACGAGUGGUAUGAGCCAGGUGAUCUCCUGAUUGGUGGGAUGGUGUCUCAUAUCUAUUAUAUUUCCCGCCCAGUCCUCUUCAAAGAACACCCUUCUCAGGUCUUGAUUGAAAUCCCACUUGUUUUGACCAAGUUCUACCAGCACAUCCUGGCCUUGGUCUUUGCUAUUGACAAGAUCAACGAGAAUCCCAAGAUCUUGCCCAAUGUUACUCUUGGGUUCCACAUCUAUGACAGCUACUCUGACCCAAGAAUGACCUACCGAACCACCCUGGACCUGCUUUUCAAAUCACAUCAGUUUGUACCCAAUUACAAAUGCGGCAUCCAUCAAAAUGUAAUAGGAAUCAUUGGGGGGCUUGCCUCUGUUACCUCCUCACGCAUGGCAGACAUCUUAGGUCUUUUCAAGAUUCCACAGGAUUCCAAGCAGUUUUCAUAUGGCUCAUUUCAACCAGCAGUGAAUGAUCCAAUCAAUGUUCCUUCCUUUUACCGUUUGGUUCCCAAUGAAGGCGUUCAGUACCAGGGAAUUGUCCAGUUACUUCUCCAUUUCAACUGGAAAUGGAUCGGGCUCAUUGCCAAAGAUGAUGAGGAUGGGGAAAAUUUUUUGCAUAUCAUGGAGCCAAUACUCUCAAGGAAUGGCAUUUGUUCAGCAUUCACAGAAAGAGCUCCAGAACGUCUGCGUAUCGACAAGUUGGAUGAACUUAUCAAGGACACACACAGUAUUUUGCCAAUUCUCAGUGUAGGGAAUAUCAGUGCUGUUGUUAUAUACGGAGAAACUGCAUCAGUCAUGUGGCUGGCUAACAUUAUAGGGAUAACCAGAGUAAUGAAAGGACUAUUUCUUCAGUAUAAAAAGCUGUUCUCGGAAACAAAAGUGUGGAUUACCACAGCACAAAUAGACUUCACAGUACAUCACUUUCAAAAGUUAAUUGAAAUUGAUAUUCAGAUUUUUGAAGGUGCUAUCUCCGUCUCAAUUCAUUCAAGGCAGCUACAAGAGUUCCAAGAAUUUCUGCACUCAGUUCUUCAGAGGAUCUCCUUCAACAACAGUGCUGGAGAUGAAAUUACAUUUAACGAACAUGGAGAAUUAGUAGGUGGAUUUGAUAUUACAAACCUGGUCACUUUCCCAAAUAACUCCUAUGUCAAAAUCAACGUGGGAAGACUGGAACCUUGGGCUCCUCCUAACAAAGAGAUCAUCUUUAAUGAAGAGGGAAUCAAAUGGCACAGGGGACUGACUCAGGUGCCACCGCUUUCCUUAUGUAAUGACAUCUGCCAUCCUGGUUACGGAAAGAAAAAGAAGGAAGGAAAGAAAUUUUGCUGCUAUGAUUGUGUUCGAUGUGCAGAAGGAAUGAUCUCAAAUGAGAUGGAACAAGAAACUUGUGUCAGUUGCCAAGAGGAUCGUUACCCAAACAGAGGGCAGAAUCAAUGCAUCCCUAAGAUUCCAAACUUCCUUGCUUUUGAUGAAACUUUAGCCAUUAUUUCAACUAUCUCUGCACUCUUGUUGUCUCUGGUCACAGUUCUGGUGCUGGUCAUCUUUAUUAAGCACCGGGACACUACCAUAGUCAAAGCCAACAACAGAAGCCUCACCUAUAUUCUUCUCACUUCCCUCCUCCUGUGUUUCCUCUGCUCCUUGCUGUUCCUUGGAAAGCCUACUGAGGCAAUCUGCCUUCUCCGACAAACUGCUUUUGGUAUCAUCUUCUCUGUGUCCCUGUCUAGCAUCUUGGCCAAAACCAUCUCUGUAGUUUUGGCAUUCAUGGCUACGAAACCAGGAUCCAGGAUGAGGAACUGGUUGGGGAAAAGACUGGCUUAUUCCACUGUCCUCUCUUGCUCCAUUAUUCAAGUAUGGGUCUGUGCUCUGUGGCUGGCAACCUCUCCCCCAUUCCCAGAUUUGGAUAUGCACUCAUCAGCUGAAGAAAUCAUAUUGUUAUGUAAUGAAGGGUCUGUCCUCUUGUUCUAUUGUGUUUUAGGCUACAUGGGCUUCCUGGCCAUUGUCAGCUUCAUUGUGGCCUUCCUAGCCCGGAAAUUACCCGACACUUUUAAUGAAGCCAAGUUCAUCACCUUCAGCAUGCUGGUAUUUUGCAGUGUUUGGAUCUCCUUUGUUCCUACUUACCUGAGCACACGAGGAAAGUACAUGGUAGCUGUGGAGAUCUUCUCCAUCCUGGCUUCCAGUGCUGGAUUAUUGGGCUGCAUCUUUCCCCCCAAAUGCUACAUCAUUCUGGUGAGACCUGAGUUAAAUAACAGAGAACAUCUAAUACGAAAAAAAAUAUAA